CUGGCAAAUUUUCCCUUUGUGGCAGUCGCAGCGGAUACGACAGGAGAAGAAGAAGAACGAGACGAACAAGCAAGCACAGCAAGAUGGCGAAAGGAAACAGCGGUGGUAGCAACAGCGGCAGCAGCAAGGCUGUUGCGGGUGUUGGCGCCGUCGUCGGUAACCUGUGGAAGGCAUACCAGUCCACCCCAAAAACCCUCAAAAUCAUCGAUGCCUACCUCUUCUACAUCCUCCUCACAGGCCUGAUCCAGUUUGUGUACUGCGCGCUCGUCGGCACCUUCCCCUUCAACUCGUUCCUGUCCGGUUUCAUCUCCAGCGUCGGCUCCUUCGUCCUCGCAGCGUGCCUGCGGAGUCAGGUGAACCCGGAGAAUGCGCAGGAGUUCUCGGCCAUCACGCGGGAGCAGGCCUUUGCCGACUUCAUCUUCGGCCACCUCAUCCUCCACCUCGUCGUCGUUAACUUCAUGGGCUGAGCGCUGACCCACCACAGCUCCCUCACCCCCCCCCCCCCUCCCUUGCUGCAGUGGCAUGCGUGUGUGUAACGGUGGUGAUGGCUGUCUGCUUGUCGUCGUUCAGUCAUUCGUGCUGCUGUUCGCUGUUGCUGUCGUCGUCGAUAGUGUCGAUUGCGUGCACGCCGUUCGUGUGCGUGAGUGUUUGCGCCACCAUCACCGCUGCUGCUGCUGCUGCGAAUGGUGGUUCGUUCCGUUUCACAGUCACAGCAGCUGCCUCCCGUCCUCUCGUUGUUCCUCCUCCCACCGCACUGCCGCCAACGUGUAGCUGCUGUUGCUGUUGUUGUUGUCGUCCCUGCUUCUUUGGUUUUUGCAUUUGCAAACAUGUGCGUGUGAAUGUGAGUUGUUGAUGUGAGAAAG